AUGGGUCGGCUCGACCGGAGUGAUACCACGGCCUCACAGAAGACCGACGUGAAACAACGCAGCGUUGUGUUUUGCCGUGUUAGUGAGGUCGCCAAACGAUCAAUCGGAUUACCUGAUGGUAAGCUAUCGGCGUCGCUCAUGGUCACCCGUAACCCAAAAGAAUUGCGAGUGCGUUCCGGGCUUUUAGGGAAUAGGAAUACGGAGAGAGUCAGGUUGAACCGACCCAUUCAUUCCAAACGGGACCAUUGCAACAAGACGGUGGAAAUAUACGAGGACGUGUCCUCCCCUCCUGUCACCUCUGAGAACUUCGGGAGGCCCCUCACUUGCACAUAUAGGUUUCGAGCCUUUCGGGGAUCUCCAAAAGAUUGGAUACUAAGGAUUAGGUUCAAAAAGUUCAAAGUGGGAACCCUGAUCAACGGUACGACGUGCCACAAGGGAUACAUGCAAAUAGUGGACGGCAACGCAAAGACGGAUGUUUCAAACAGGAAGGAGCCAGGUCUCUUCUGCGGCGAGAUAGAACAGCCUCAGACGUUCAUAUCGGAAACCAACUUCGUGAAGAUUGUCUUCCACGCCGACAACUUCACUGAUCAAACUUACUUUAGCUUCGAUUCCAGGGCGGAGCAACAAUUCGAAGUGUAUCUACGCUACGGGCAGCAUCCAGAAUUGUACCCCAACCGAAGAGGGGAAGUAGUUGCGGGAUACCAUCUGAACACAAGACUUCCCUACAUAAAAUUGUACAUAGAGAACGAAGAAUUCAACAUAGAUGGACAGCGAUGUGAAAAUAUCAUGACCUGUCCUAUGAGACCAAUAACUUCUGGUUCAGAAAACUGUCCAUAUGACUACAUCAGGAUUUACGAUGGCAAGGAUGAGUCAGCAUCAGUGAUUGGCACCUUCUGCGGCAUGGGAAAGUUUCCCUACUCCAUUAUUGGAACUUCCCAGGACUUGUUCGUGGAGUUCGUGAGUUCUCCAGCAGGUCCACUUCUGAAUACCGGUUUCCAUUUCAAUGUUGGUAACUGGCCUGGUCACGUGGAAGCUCCAGGGUCUAAAGUGGGAACAUGCGACUGGCUGCUGACUGCAGAAACCCUCAAGAAGUCAGGAGACACUGAGGGUAUAUUCCUCUCAGUGGCUCAUUGGUAUCCACCGCAUACUUCAUGCACGUAUUUGAUGCAAGGUUUCCCUGGACAAGUGGUCAGAUUAUAUUUUCCAAGUUUCCGAAUAAACCGCAUUGAGUCUCCAAUUCAACCUUGGACCGGGGAUUGUGGAGAGUCUCUCACUUUGUACGACGCUCCAAGACCUGACGAUGCUCGGAUCAUCAAAACCUUUUGUGAUACCUUCAGCCGACCGAUGGAGAAGCACGACUUUGUGUCCACCGGCAACGCCAUGUUUGUCCGAUUUGAGAGCAAGACUGGCAGCUAUAGCGGAUCAUCACUCUACUAUUGGGCUCACUACGACUUCUUCAAUAACACGCGUUUCGGGGAACCAGUUCCAGGAACUGCUUGUGAUGAGAUCAUAGCAUCUUGGAAGCAAAGAGCUGGUAGACUAAGGUCUCCUCUGAACACCUUGGUGUACAAGCAGGCCUCACCGGGAGAAGAUGUCCACUGCCUCUACAGAUUUGUAACAGACAAAAGGAUUUACGCUAGAGUUAUUCUCACAAUUUUGAGUGUUAAUUUUAAGGAACACCCAUACACGUCGGUAACCUGUCAGAACUGCUACGAAGAUCGCGCAGACAAGUUGAUUAUCUGGGAACCAUUCCCAGGCGGAAAGUCACCAAACAUUACAGCACCAGGAGUAAGCACCACUCCUCUUCCUCUCCAUCUGGCUGUGCAACGGUCCCUUGGAUCCUGUCUUUGUGCCAAACAUGCUAAUGCAGUAUCUAGAGCAAGACCAUACAGAGUUGUGUCUUCAGGAGAAAGCCUAAAUCUCCAACUGAUAGUAGACAACGCCCAUGCAGCUGCUUCAUACUUCAAGAACCCUUCUCCACUCUUUGAAGCUCGCUAUGAAUUCGUCCAUGGCCCUCUCUGUGGACCUGCUGUUUUGGCAGCUGCGUCAGAUGGUGAAAUAGUUUACCCACAUUUAGAAGCUCUUGGAUACAUGGAACCGCCAAAAAGGAUACAGUGCAUUUGGGAUCUAGAAAUCGAAGAAAAACGAGACAUUUGGCUGCACUUUGAAAGUAUUAAGUUCGCUUCACGUCACUGCGAAGAUGGCAAUAUCCAGAUUUACUUACCUGGACGUUUGGAUCCAUAUUUAUCGGUAUGUGGCGAUAAUGUUACGGAAACCGAAAAGCUGCCAAUACUAUCAGCUGGCGAACUUGGCUUUGAAUCAUUAGACGACCCAUUAGUAAUGGAAAAGGAAAAGACGAGAUCUAUUCGCAUUGUUUUCAUCGGUAGUGCGUCACCAGCAAGAGCUGCUUUCAAAAUUGCCUGGACUGGACUUUAUCAUCUACCGAAGAACUCUGACGGAACACUUAUGACUUCGCGGCUUACUGAUGGAGAAACAAAAUCUCCUGAUUCAGGUCAUGGGUGCGAUUUCAUUUGUCCUGGUGAAGCACUUUGUAUUCCAGCAAGAUUAAUUUGCAAUGGAGUAGUUAAUUGUCCAAACGUCACCUCGGGUGAUCGAAAAUUCUGGACAGCUGAAGAAAAACGAGCUAGAGAAGCGUACUCUGAAGAUAGCCUCAGGCGUUUAGGAUACCUGGAUUUAUUGGGUGGACUUCCAUUAGGACAGUUGCAUGACGAAGCUCCUGAGCUAUGUGCAAGAGCCAGAAGUAUUGGUGGGAAUGAUUGGACAGCGCCUGCUUUAGGUGCUGGAUUAGCAAUUGCUAUCGGCGUGUGUGCUCUCGGCGCCGCCUGGCGCCUGUGCUGCCGCAAGCGAUCUCCUGACGAAGAAUCCCUGGAUUACUGACAUGCGGCCCGCGGUGCGCCUCACGCACCGCCAUCGCUCCACUCGCGGUCUACUUCCAGGGACCUUCCUAUGGAUUGGAGCCUCCAUUGACAGACGCUGUAUUGAGCGCCGGAGCCCUCCUUUGUUGAUUACUGAGAACCAAGUUCUUUGCUUGUUAUUGUUAACCGGAUAGAGGUAAAUGUAUACCUUACCAUAAUAAAUAACACAAUCCUGUCAAUUUUCACUUAAAACUUUUCUAUAUAAAUAUCUGUAUAUAACGACAGUGGCAAGCAGUUGGAGUUGCGUGUUCAAGGCAAAUUUUGGUAAUGUGGAAAGUUUACGAUUGAAGUGAAUCAGUCUAAUUUGUUAACAACGACAGUUGUUGCAGCCAAAAGUUUCCUUAUAACUGUUUGGAGCUGUCAUUAUAUUUUUACUAAAGUUAAAUACUACAAUUUCGAAUGUACUUUAUUGAAG